CUCUUUAGUUGUACUCGCUUGGUGGAGCUCUGCACAAUGAACUAUGCAAAGUUGCUGUUACGAGAUCGAGCCAUCGUAUCUAUUGAGGAAUUCUGGACUGGCGUUUCAGUUACUGUUUUCCUUUAUUAAUUUGUACUAGUUGGUGGGAUGAACUUGGUUUGAGGGCAGUGAAUGUACUUGCUUUUUGCAUUGCCCCAACUGCAGUGAGGUAGAGCGAUGCCAAAGGUGAGGACAAACCGUACGCAAUAUCCUGAUGGAUGGGAGUUGAUUGAGCCCACCCUUCGUGAGCUAGAUGCCAAGAUGAAGGAAGCGGAAACUGAUCCUCACGAUGGGAAGAGGAAGUGCGAAACUCUGUGGCCUAUUUUCAAGGUUUCCCAUCAGAGAAGCCGAUACAUUUUCGACCUCUACUACAACAAGAAUGAGAUAUCCAAGGAGCUCUUUGAGUUCUGCUUGGACCAAGGCUAUGGGGACAAGAACCUUAUCGCCAAAUGGAAAAAGCCAGGAUAUGAACGACUGUGCUGCCUCCGAUGCAUGCAGACGAGGGAUCACAACUUUGGCACGACUUGUGUGUGCAGAGUUCCUCAAAAUCUGAGGGACGAGCAGGCUGUUGAAUGUGUACACUGUGGCUGCAAGGGUUGCGCAAGUGGAGAUUGAUUGCUGCCGUUGCUAAGGAAGAAACCCUUCUGUCUCCUUCUUGAAGCUGUAUUCGGAGCCCAGGUCCUAAUAUCCUCUUCUUUAAGUAAUCUCUCUGCAUAGCGGAAAAUGAUCAACACAGUAACUACUCAGCAUGUCAUGUGUAGUGAUAUAGCUUCAGUAUCCUGAAGUUAUUGAGUUAUGUUAAUGGAUCAAAUGAUGUGGAGUUGUUGACUGACUGGUUGAGUGAACGUUGAGAUAUAGAAAGUAUUGAACAGUUGCUUUGUGAUCUUGAAUUGAGUUUG